GUCCGCAGGGUGAUCAUCCAUUCAACUUAACGAGCAGCUUUUAUUUCCGAUAAUGGAAGUCUUUUUUUUCCUUUCGAAAGAAAGAUGAAACACUUUUUUUUCCUCAAAGGUUUGGGGAACAAUUACUCAAGUUGAAGUGAAAAAGGACGCUUUCAAAAGGAGCGCCAUUGAGGAAAAUGGGUUCUAAUUGGCAGCCGCCGCCACAGAAAGAGUGGCAACCCUGCACAGCCUCAGAGGUAAGGAGAGAAGAAACCAUCAGAAUCAGAACACCUCUCUGAAUCGAAAAGGGGAAGACAUGAAAAUUCUCCAUCAAAAUCCCCUCCUUUCGUUCUCUUCUCUCUAAUUGGAAUUUCCACAAGGAGUGAUGUAUGUCAUGCCCUGGUAUUUUCCUCUGGUCUUAUUCUCCUUCUUCGCCCGUACUUCUUCCACCCAGAGCUCACAGACAUCCGGCAGUCGCCUCCCGGAACUGAAGGUGCUCCUCAACUCCCAGAGUCUAUCGAGGAUCAGUAAUCCAGGUCUAGAUCUUAUCCGGCAAUUGGUGCAUGAACUGCACGAGUGCCGUACCAGCAAAGCACCGGCCAUGAGGAAGGUUAUGCUCUCCAAUAAAACAGUUACCUGUAAUGACGGAUCCCCGGCAGGCUAUUACAUUCGAGAGUCCAGAAGCAGCAAAAGAUGGAUUAUUUUCUUAGAAGGUGGAUGGUACUGUUUCGAUGAAAAGAGCUGCAACAACAGAUGGACCAGAAGUAGAAAUCUAAUGUCCUCUUCACUGUGGCCAGAUACAAGGAGUGUUGGUGGUAUUAUGUCUCCUGAUCCAGAAGAGAAUCCUUAUUGGUGGGAUGCCAAUCAAAUUUUCUUGCCUUAUUGUUCAAGUGAUUCUUGGAGUGGUGCAUACUAUUCAACCAAAAAGGGAGAAUUUUCUUUUCUGGGAUCCUUAAUAGUUCUUGAAGUUGUAAAAGAUUUAUUGACUCAAGGACUGUUUUCUUCAGACAUGUUACUUCUUGCUGGAAGCAGUGCUGGUGGGACAGGUGUUUUACUCAAUCUUGACAGAGUGUCAGAUUUCCUGAAAAGCAUCAAGUCCAAAAUAGAGGUUAGGGGUCUAGUGGACUCCGGAUGGUUCUUGGACAAUGAACCUUAUGAGGCACAAGAAUGCAUGGAUCCUCAUACAUGUGCUCCUGUCGAAGCCAUCAAGAGAGGCUCUAAAAUGUGGGAUGGCCAAGUACCCAAAAGAUGCCAAAUGCAAUAUACACAAAUUGAUAAUUGGAGGUGUUACUUUGGAUAUAGAAUUUAUGCAACUUUACAAAGUCCAGUGUUUGUGUUCCAAUGGCUAUUUGACGAAGCUCAGAUGACGGCCGAUAAUGUUGGUGCUCCAGUGUCGAAAUCACAAUGGGAUUACAUCCACAAAAUGGGAAUCGAUAUUAGGACAUCUCUAGAUAAUGUUUCUGCAGUGUUUGCUCCUGCUUGCAUAUCUCACACAGUGCUAUCCAACAAGGAUUGGAGGCAUGUGAAGAUCAACAAAGUGUCUUUGCCUCAGGCUCUUCGAUGUUGGGAGCUGCAGGCUCAUGAACACAAUCAUCACCACCAUCACCCUCAUCAUCACCUAUACGAUCCCGUCAAAGAAUCAAUCGAUUCCACAAGUCCGAGCAGUAUGGUAGGCGAUAUGCCAACAGCAAGCCUUCGCAUCAGCCGAAAAAAGCUAGAAAAUAACUCAACCGAAAGUCGAGAAGACACAGAUUCAAUUGAGUCUGUAGUUGACAAAGAAGAAAAAAGAAAACAGAGGAGGAAAGAAAGAAAAAGAAAACGGCAAAAUAGAAAUAAAAAGAGAAAGAAAAAUAGCCGAAAAGAAUCAAGGAGCCAUGACAAACGCUCUCUCUUUCCGGAAGACCUCAGAGUCCGGCACCGGUGGACAUUGCACGAGGACCUUUGCUACCACUGGCUUGUAGACGAGUGCACCUGGCCACAGUGCAACAGAGCCUGCCCAAGACUUCACGAUCCCUUUACUGGAGAAGAACUCGACUUCAUCGAACUUCUCAAGUCAUUUGGAUUGGACAUGAGCAGCGUCGCCAAUGCCCUGGGGAUCGAUCUCGUCACACUCAAUGACAUGGACCAUGACACACUGCUUCAACUGCUCACACAACAGACCAACAAGUAGUCAUCUUUAAAAGAUCAGUAAGAAGUUGAGUGGAACCAUGAUCACAUCCAUGAAUCUAUCACAUCCAUCAAUCAUGAAAUACUAUCUC